AUGGGUCGACAUUUGUCGAAUAAAGUUCGAUGCACCUUCUCUGAUGGAAAUUCGGGCUUUUUACGAGCAGCGCGAGCAGGAAAUCUUGAGAAGGUUUUGGAAUACCUUCGUUCAUCAAUUGAUAUAAAUACAAGUAAUGCUAAUGGAUUAAAUGCACUACAUUUAGCAUCAAAGGAGGGUCAUGUAAAUAUUGUUCAAGAACUUCUUUCACGUGGUGCCAAUGUCAAUGCAGCAACGAAGAAAGGAAAUACAGCUCUUCAUAUUGCAUCAUUAGCUGGUCAAGAAGAAGUUGUUAAACUUUUAGUUAAACAUAAUGCUAAUAUUAAUUGUCAAUCACAAAACGGAUUCUCUCCUUUGUAUAUGGCUGCACAAGAGAAUCAUAUCGAAGUCGUUAAAUUUCUGCUCGCUAAUGGCGCAAAUCAAAGUUUAGCAACUGAGGAUGGAUUUACACCUUUGGCCGUUAGUCUUCAACAAGGUCAUGAGAAAGUUGUUGCUAUUCUUUUAGAAAAUGAUUCGAAAGGUUCAAAAGUUCGUUUACCUGCAUUGCAUAUAGCUGCAAAAAAAAAUGAUACCAAGGCAGCCGCCUUAUUAUUACAAGGCGACAAUCAGCCGGAUCUUAAUUAUAAGUCUGGUUUUACUCCAUUACAUAUAGCGGCUCAUUAUGGAAAUUUAGAAGUUGCACAAUUAUUAAUUAGUCGUGGUGCCGAUGUCAAUUAUGCAGCAAGCCAAAAUAUAACGCCACUUCAUGUAGCAUCUAAAUGGGGCAAAGAAAACAUAGUACAAUUAUUACUUGAAAAAGGUGCACAAAUUGAUGUUAAAACAAAGGAUGGAUUAACUGCUCAAGGUGACCAUGUUGAUGCUGCACGUAUUUUACUUUAUUAUAAAUCUACACUUGUCGACGAUGUUAGUUCGGAUUAUCUUUCACCUUUACAUGUUGCAUCACAUUGUGGUAAUUUUAAUGUUGCUAAACUCUUAUGCGAACGUCGUGCUGAUGUUAAUGCUAAAGCAUUAAAUGGUUUUUCAUGCUUACAUAUAGCAUGUAAAAAAAAUCGUUUAAAACUUGUUGAAUUAUUAAUAUCAAAUGGUGCCGAUUUAGAAGCUAAAACUGAAUCGGGUUUAACUUGUUUACAUGUUGCAUCAUUUGUUGGUAGUCAUGAUAUUGUUGUUUAUUUAUUACAACAUGGUGCCAAUAUAAAUGCAACAACAAUACGUGGUGAAACACCAUUACAUUUAGCAACACGUAAUAAUCAAGUUGAAAUUGUUCAAACAUUACUUCAUUAUGGUGCAUCAGUUGAUAUGAAAGCUAAAGAAGCACAAACAUGUUUACAUUUAGCAACACGUUUGGGAAAUAUUGAUAUUGUUAAUUUAUUAUUAAAAGCUAAUGCUAAUGUUGAUAAUACAACAAAAGAUGGAUAUUCAAGUUUACAUAUAGCAGCUAAAGAAGGACAUGAAGAAAUAGCUAGUUUAUUAAUUGAUCAUGGAGCUAAUUUAAAUUUAUUUACUAAAAGAAAUUUUUCUGCAUUACACAUUUGUAGUAAAUAUGGUAAUAUUAAAGUUGCAAAUCUUCUCUUACAAAAAGGAGCUAAACCAGAUUGUCAAGGAAAAAAUGAUUUAACACCAUUACAUUGUGCUGUUCAUUAUAAUCAUGGAAAUAUAGCAUUACUUUUAUUACAACAUGCUGCUAGUCCACAUGUAACAGCACGUAAUGGUUAUACACCAUUACAUAUAGCAGCAAAAAAAAAUACUCAUGAUAUUGCUGAAAUGUUAUUAGAAUAUAAUUCAAAUACAAAUGCACAAUCAACUGGUGGUUUUACACCAUUACAUUUAAGUUGUCAAGAUGGUCAUUCGGAUAUGACUCAUCUUUUAUUAGCUCAUCAUGCUAAUCCAAAUAUAGCAUCAAAAUGUCAUUUAACACCAUUACAUUUAUGUGCACAAGAAGAUCGAGUUAAAUGUGCUGAAGCAUUAGUUAAUAAAAAUACCGAUAUUGAUGCACAAACACUUAGUGGUUAUACAAGUUUACAUGUUGCUUGUCACUUUGGUCAAUUAAAUAUGGUUCGGUAUUUACUUCAACUAGGUGCCAAUGUUAACAUAGAAACAAAUCUGUUGUUUACACCACUUCAUUCUGCUGCUCAACAAGGCCAUGUUAUGAUUGUUAAACUAUUACUUGAAAAUGGUGCUUCACCAAAUAAAACAAAUAAACAUGGAAUGACAGCUUUAUCAAUUGCACAACGUCUUGGUUAUAUAUCUGUUGUCGAAGAACUUAAAGUUGUUACUGAAACAACAGUUACUAGUAAACAUGAAUUAUUAAGUGAAGAACGUUAUAAAAUUCAAGCGCCAGAAAUAUCUCAUGAAGAACAACCAUUAACUGAUUCUGAUGAUGAAGGAGACAUGCUUGGUGAUGCUAGUUCAAAUGUUCAUAUGCAAUAUUUACGUGAAGGUGUUUUAAUGACUGAAGCAGAAGAAAAUAAACUUAAUCAAGUAUCAUUAAUUAAAGAAGAAUCUGAAUAUCCAAUAUUAGCAACAAAAGAUGGUUGGAAUGAAAGUCGUGAUAAUUUACAUGAUCAUCAACAAACACCUAUUAAAAUUCCACAAACAUAUACGGCUGAUAAUGAAAUAAUAACAAAACCACGUCAUGGAGGAUUUUUGGUAAGCUUUUUGGUUGAUGCUCGUGGUGGUGCUAUGCGUGGUUGUCGACAUUCAGGUGUACGAGUUAUUAUACCAGCAAAACGUGCUAGUAUGCCAACAAGAAUAACAUGUCGUUUUGUCAAACGUGAUAAAUUAACUGUACCACCACCAUUAAAUGAAGGUGACGCAUUGGCAGCAAGAAUUUUAGAAGUUGGACCUGUUAAUUGUAAAUUUCUUGGACCUGUUAUUCUUGAAAUUCCUCAUUUUGCUUCAUUACGUAAUCGUGAACGAGAAAUCGUUGUUUUACGAAGUGAUAAUGGUGAAAAAUGGACAGAACAUGCAAGUCCAACAACAGAUGAAGCCGUACGUGAUGCACUUGGUGAUACGAUUGAUUCUGAAGAACUUGAAAAUCUCGAAGAACUUAAUUCACGUCGAAUAACACGUAUAAUAACAAAUGAUUUUCCACGUUUUUUUGCAUUAAUAACACGUUUACGUCAAGAAGCAAAUUUUAUUGAUGAACAAGGUGGUUUAUUAACAUCAACAAUAAUACCUAAAGUUCAAGCUCUUAUACCUGAAAAAGCAUUACAAAAACGUAUUCGUAUAUCACUUCAUGUUUUACCAAUAUCAUCUCAACUUCUUCAACGUUCAUAUGGUACACAUGUUAACGUAAGUCCUAUUGUAACAGUUGAACCACGUCGAAGAAAAUUUCAUAAACCAAUUACAUUAACAAUACCAUUACCAACAAAAUCUUUAUCAAUAACGAAACAAGGUCAUCAACGAGAAACUCAACAACAUGGAAAUGCAUAUACAAGUGAUUCUCAAACACUUCGUUUAUUAUGUAGUAUUACUGGUGGCACACAUCCAGCACAAUUUGAUGAUAUUACAGGACAUACACCAUUAACAUUUUCAAAUGAGUGUGCAACAUUUACAACAACUGUUUCAGCUAGAUUCUGGUUAGUCGAUGCUCAAGGUGUACCUGAUGUAUUAAAAUUAGCACAUGAAAUUUAUCGUGAAGCAAUAUCAGUACCAUAUAUGUCACGUUUUGUUGUAUUUGCUAAACGAAAUGAUCCAAAUGAAUCACUUGUUCGUGUAUUUUGUAUAACUGAUGAUAAAGAAAAUAAAACACUUGAAAUGCAAGAACAUUUUAUUGAAAUAGCUAAAUCAAAAGAAGUUGAAGUUAUUAAUGGAAAUGCAAUUUAUUUGGAUUUACAAUCAAAUAAUUUACAAACAAUUGUUAAAACAAAUGAACAAUUAACAUUUACAUUUCGAGCAUUUAGAGAAAAUCGUUUACCAUGUAUUGUUCGUAUACGUGAUCAACAACAAGAACCAACAGGACGUUUAAUAUUUUCAAAAGAUAAUGGAAAAUUAACAACCUUACAACAAACAACAUCAGUUACAAUGACAAAUGGACAUGUACCAUCAAAUACAAUAAUUGAUCCACAAUUAUUACAACCAAUUUGUAAUUUAAAUAUUAUUUUACCAUCAUAUGAUAGAGAUUUAAUUGAGAAUGAAGAACGUAUUCGAGCUCUUCAUUCAGCUGAACGAGAUUCUCGUUUAGAAAGUUGGAGAUCUGACGAUAUGUAUCGAAAAGGUGAAAUUCGUCUAACCGAUAUAGCACGAUUAUUAGGCACUGAUUGGCCAGCACUUGCUGCUGAACUUGAAUUAACUGAAGAAGAAGUUACUAAAUUAAUGGAUGAAUAUGGAGAAAAUGCUGCUUUACAUAUGUUACGAUAUUGGCUUAAAUCACGUGGAACUGAAGCAACAGGUAACUGUCUUCAACUAGCCUUACGUAAAAUUGGCAAAGAAAAUAUUGUUCAUAAUUGUGUAUUUAAUAUUGAAUGGGUUACUGAUGCAGCAGAAAAAGAAGUAGCUAAAGCUCGUAUAACUAGUCGUGGUGGAAGUGUUGAUGGGACAACAAUUGCGGGACGUCGUUUAGAUGAAGGUUUUGAAAGUGAUGAUGAAUAUGAACGUCGUCGUCAUGGAAGAUCUAAUAUCAUAAUUAAUGAUGCAAAUCGAACACGUACAAUAAUAAAAACUAUAACAUUUGAAGAAUCAAUUGAAGAUGAAUUAGGAGAAAAGAAACAAGAAAAACUUUCAUCACAACAAAAUCUAAAUCCACAAUUUAAACAAUUAGAACCACUUAAAAUGAUUAAACGAGAUCUAUCUAAAGAAUUUCUUCCAUCAUCAUCAUCAACAUCAAGUGCUGAUACAAUAAUAAAUGCAAAAACUCAUGAAAAACGAUUAGGUGAACGUGACGCUCCGUUACAUUAUGUUGAUUCAAGUAAAGCACCAACGCCAGCAUCACGUUAUGGUGGUUAUUAUUCAAUAUAUCAUCCACAGAAUUAUUCAGGUUCAAUAACACCAUUAAGUUGUUAUUCACAUCCAUUUGAAAUGAUACAUAUUGAAAGUUUAAGAGAAAAAUUAAAUAGAUUAACACGUGAUAAAGUUGAUCAUGAUGAUUCAUUAGGAAAACAACGAAGUAUAGAUCUUGGUGAAGGACGAAAAACACCAACGGAAUAUCCAACAAAAAAAUUCUUACCAAAACGAGAUGAUUUUGGCAUUGUUCACAUAGCCAAAGAAACAACUCCAAUAGAAUUAGAUAAUGAAAUACCAUCAAAACAAACUUCAUCUAUUAUAGAUACAAUUGUUCAAGAAACACCUGUUUCUCCAAUUAAACUUGAUUCUAAUAAAUUAGAAGAAGAUUUAUCACCAUCACAACAACAACAAUCUACAAUUCUAACAACUGAACAACCUCCACAAAUACUUGAUGAUAUAUCGCCUACACGUACUAAUUUACCAUCUCAAACAGUUCCACCUGUAGGUGAACGUUUAGUAAAAUCAAAAAUCAUACCCGAACAAGCACGUGCAUUAGCACAUGCACUUAAACAUGCCGUUGUUAAACCAUUAAAAAAAACCAUAGCAACAAAAAAAAUGAAAUCUCUUGAAAUUAACACAAAUGAAUCACAAAUAACACAUUCAUUAUCAAAUCCAUCAUCAAUGGUUAUUGAAAAUUCGGAUAAUAUUGUAAAUGAAACAUAUGUUGAUUCACUUGAAUCAAUAAGUCCUUUAACAUUAACACCACCACCAGCUAAACCACCGCGUCAUAAUGAUGAAUCUGGUUCAUCGUCAUCCAUAGAUAUAAGUUCACCACCAAUAAAACCACCUAGACAUUUUUCAUUAUCGAGUAAUAAUAAUAAUAAUAAUGAUGAUGGUCUAAUACAACAAACAGAUAAUGUUGUUAAAAAAGUUUUAAAUCUUGUUGAUACAUUUGGUAUCAUAUCAGAUGAUGAUCAUGACAUGAAUAUUUUACGACAAAAAUCAUCUUCAGAAACCUAUGUACAACAACCAUCAAAUACUAUUGAAUUUGAAAAUGAAAAUUUAAAUAAUUUUCAUAGUAUUAAUACAUUUACUGUUGAUCCAGCAAGAAUAAUUUUAAAUACAGAUUCAUCAUUAAUAAUAAAAUCAUUUGAUGAACCAUCAACAACAAUUUCAUCAUUUCAUAUUGUUUCAUCAUCAUAUGAUAAUCAAACACCUAUUGAAAUAACACAAUUAGCAAAUCAUUUAACAGAAAAUCUUUUUGAAGAAAUUGAAAAAGAAUUUCAAAGACAAGAUCAAUUAAAAAAUCUUAAGACAAUUAUAAAUGAUGAUCGACAAUAUUUAAUUGAUAAAUUAUCUACAGAAUCAUCAAAAUCAACAAAUAAUACAUUUCGUGAUAAUGUACCAUUAUUACCUCAAUCAAUCGCAACAACCCAUCCAGCAUCUAUUCAGUCGACAACUCGUCCUCUAAUGUUUGUUUCACUUGAACCAAGUUUUAAUAUAACAAAAACAUUUUCACCAUUACUUGAUAUUGUUACAACAAAACCGACACCAAAAAUAACAACAUCUGUAACAGUCAUAAGUCCACCACAACCAGAAAUAUCAUCAACAAUAACAGCAAAUAUAAAUUCUGAUGAUGAAGAACAAUUAAAUAGUUCUUCAACAUUAAUGCCAAAUAGUAGUAUAGCUUCCGAUCGCUCGAAAUUUUUACUUACUAGUAGUAAAGAAAGUAGUAUUGAUUCAAAUGAUACAAAUCUAUCAGAUAAUGCUAUAUCACAACAAUUAAAUACAGGUAGUGCAACACCAGCACGUUCAUUGCUAUCUGAUUAUGAUAAUCUACAUGGUUCAUAUGGAAGUUUAAACGAUGACACACAACAACCAUCAUUAUCUCUUCCUCCAGUUGCUUCAACAUCAUCUGAAAUAACACCAUCUAUGCCGACAAUUACUAAUACUACUGCUACAACAUCAAUAUCAACAAUUAAUGAAAGUUUCGAAAGUAUACCAUCAUCUACUGGAACAUAUGCAACUGCAAUGAGUACAUUGACGAAUGAUAGUACAAGUGGUUCAACAGUACAAAGUCAACAGAUAAAUUCCUAUAUAAGUGAUGAAGAUCUUGUCGAAUCGUAUGAGGUUGAAACACCGAUCCUAACACCUCUCAAUCCAUUUCGAUUUUCUAAAGCAUCGCCGCCUAUAAUCGAAGUUGUUGAAGACAAUAGUGAACCUGCUGAUGAAGACGAUAUGUCAUUUUUAAAUGAUAUUCUUGAACAAUACAAUCAUAAUCUUUAUCUACAAGACACUCUUGCAAAAGAAAUUAGUGAUACGGAACAAAUAUCAACUGACGCGAAUAAAGAAGUUACUCUUGCUGGCAAAGGAGAAGAGCCAUCACCACCACCAUCAUCAUCAUCAUCGAAAAAAUCAUCAUUACUAUUCUCUUCUACUUCUCCUUCUACUAAUUUUCCUUCUUUUUCUUCUUCUCAUAUGACUACUAUAACAGAAUCUAAUAUUUCACCAUCAAUGACAAGUCAAUCAUCAAUAUUACCAUAUCAACAAUCAAAUGAUAUUCAAUUAAAAAAAUCGAUUAUUCAUGAAGAUAAAAAAAUAUUAGAUGAACAACAUCAUACUAAUAUUAAUCUUCAAUCAUUAACACAACAACGUCGUUUACCAUUACCUAAUAAAUUAACAUUUGAGCAAAAUAUAACAAAUCUUAUUGAAAAUGAAUCACCAUUAUUACAAUCUGAAUUAUUAACAGCUGAACAUGAAUUAUCUGUAUUACGUUCACGUUUAGCUGUUAAUGAAGGUGUUACAGCUGUAACAGGUACAAUACUUAAAUCACUUAAAGGACAAUUUGAACCACAUCAUAAAGUUGAUAUAGCAACAUCACCAUUUGAUAUAUCGAAAACUAAUUUAUCUCAACACUCAUUAGCUAUACAAACAUCACCAAUGAUUGAAACAUUACCAGAUAUACCGGAAUCUGUUGAAAUACAUUAUGAUGCACAAACAGUUAAAAGUCCAUAUUUACUUGUUAAAACAAAAAAUUCAUUUUGGAUAGCACAACCAAUACCUAUUUCUGAAGCACAAACACAUUUAAAAAAAUUUUCAUCACCUGUUAUGAAACGUGCUACUGUUAAAUUACCAAAAGCAUUUGAUCAAGCAUUUUUAACUGAUAGUGAUACGGAUGAUGAACAAAUUAUAACAAGUCAAUCAUUAGAAGAUAAACAAUUAAAUAAACCUAUUGAAAUUGAUAGUAAUAUUUCAAAUGAAGUUAUAUCAUCAUCAACAAUUAUUGAUCAAUCAAUUAGUCCAUUGAAUGAAAAUUUAUUAUCAUCAACAGAAAAAUCUUCAGAAAUUCUUACAGAAAAUAAAUUUGAUAGUCAAAUUUCAAUGGAAGAUAAACAACCAUCGGAAAUUAAAAAAAUACGUUCAUCAUCACUUCUACGAGUUGAAGAACAAUUUGAACAAUUUGAUGAUAAAAUUGAUGAAAUUUAUUCCAUUAUUGAUUAUUUAAAAAAUACAAAAUUAACAUCAACAAAUUUUAAUAAUAUAUAUAUAAAAAUAAAUGAUUUAAAAAUAAUAAUAUCUGAUAUAAAUUUAAAUAAACAAGAUGAAUUACGUAUUGAAUAUGAAUUAGAUGAAUUACAAAAUUUAUUUCAUACAAUAAAUGAUAAUUUAGUUAAUCAAUUACAUCAACAAGAAGAUUAUAGUUUAAUUGAUCUAUUUGAACAAAAUGUUAAUGAAUUACGUCGUAUUAUAAAUGAUAUUAAAUCGAAACAAUCAAAUUUAAUAACAACAACUAAAAUAAAUGAAUCCGAAAUAAAAACAGAUGAAAAUUUACAAGAAAAUUUAUCCCAAGAAAUGAUUCAUCAUGAUUUAGAUUGGACACCUGAACAAAUGGCUGAAUAUUUUCAACGUGGACCUGAUGGUCAAUUAUUAUCACCAAGACAAACAUAUUCACAUCUUAUACCUGAAAAUCCUGUAAUAACACGUGAUGUCUUUUUCGAAGGCGAUAAAUCAAUUCAAGAAAAACGAUCUUCUCAUCCACAUCUAACACAUCUAAUACCUGAAGAUGCACGUAUAAGUGCUGAUAGUUUUUAUGAAGGUGAUGUAAAUCGUUCAUUAUAUCAAAAAGAAAAAACUAAAGAAACAAUAGUUCAUGAUAAACCUCUUAUACCUGAAAAUCCACUUGUUUCAAGUGAUGUUUUUUAUGAAGGUGAUUCACACCGUUCAAUGUUUACUGAACGUUCAUCAUUACCACAAAUGGGAUCAUUACAACCAUCAUCUAUUGAUAAUCUUCGAAGUAUAAUGAGUGAUUUAAUGCUUGCUGCAUCAUGGUCAAAAAGACCACAUAAAAUUGAUGAACAACAAAUAAAACAAGAUAAUGAAGAAAUACCUGCUGAAUCAUUGCCAAAAACACCUGUUAAAAUUGAUGAACAACAAAUGACAAAUAAUGAUGAAGAAAUACUUGCUGAAUCAAUUAUAAUAACAGAACAACAUUAUCCAACAUCAAAUUUAUGUGAAAUUGUACAUGAAGUUGAACAUUUUCCAUUAACAUCAUCAAAACAAAUAUUUGAUGAUACAACGAUUGAAAUUGAAGAACGUGAUACAAUAUCACCAUUUACUUCACAUUCACCUAUUUUUAUACAUCGAACUAUUUUAACACGACAGGAUACUGAACGAUGGCCACCAGAUGAAACAAUUAUUAUUGAUGAGCACACAAAUGAAACAAUAUUAAAAACAAAUGAACUUGAAAAAAUUACACAUGAUAUUCGACAACAUGCUGAAAAUUCCUUGAAUUUAUUCAAACAAAGACAAGAAAUCGAUCAACAACAAUAUCAAUUACCACAAAUUAUUGAUCAACAAAGUAUUAUUGAUGAUAAUCUUUAUGAUGAAUCUAAAAAACAAAAAGAAGAAGAAAAAGAUCACAUUUUUAUUGAAGCAUUACAACAAGAUAUUCAAGAAAGAGAUGAAAAUGAGCAAUAUCAUAUAGAAAAAACAUGGAGUACAGAUAAAAUUACAGAACCUCCAUCAACUAUUCUCACGGAUGAGGAUGCACAAGUUUUCCAUGAACCUCUAGACGAAUAUCAACAAGAACAACAAUUGAAUGAACUUUACAAUGCAAAACAACAAGAUCUACAUGAACGCACCUUCACUGACGACGAAACUUUCAUCAUCCGUCGUCCUAAUAUCGAUGAAGUCAAACCAGCCGAAGAAUAUGAAUAUCGACUAGAAUCAAAACUUGCUUCACAACAACUUCCCACAGAUUACACACGACUUAUUGAACAUGAAGAACAACCAUUAAGUCCGACACAAACGCCCAUUGAGGAUAAACAUGAACUUGAACGACGAUUAAGCUUCGAGAAGCGCACUAUUGAAUCUCGCCAUCUUGAUGAACAAGAAGAAGAUCAAUAUGAACCAACAUAUGAAACAGUUGAACAAGAUCGUUACGAACCAUUAUUAACUACUCAACCACAAUUCAUCGAACAUCCUGAAGUAGCCAUACAACAAAAAGAUGAAUCAGAAGAAAGAUUGACCAUUGACAAGAAUAUCCCUGAAAUAUCAGAAACAGGCAAGAAACACGAAGAUGAGGAGCCAUUGGAAUUAGCAAAAAUAGCCGGUGAAACUCAUGAACCAUAUGCAUAUGAAAUCGAACAAAAACCAACUGGUCCGCACAUUCAAAAGGAAUCCCCUUAUGAAAGUGAUCAUGAAGAAGAGGGAGAAGAAUAUCAAACCCACCGAAAAUCUAGUGAUGAUCAAGUCGUUCUUGAAUCUUCUCGAAUAACCGAAGAAGCUCAAUAUGAACCAAGUUCAAGUUUUGCAGCAACUCCAAUUGCCUUUCAUCAAGAAAUUCCUGAAGUAAAACACGAACCAGAAGAAUAUUAUGAAAUUAAACGAAAACUAAGCACGGACCAAGUCAUCGUUGAAUCUCCAGAAUCAAGUGAACAUGAAGAAGAAGAUCAAUAUGAACCAGAAGUGAUAACAAGUUCAGAUAAAAUCCGAAUUGAGUCUACUGAAGCAGCUGAAGAUAAUCUGGAAGAAUCAUUAGCAGCUGCUGCACCACAAUUAAUCGAACCGGUCAAACUAGACACUACAUACACGGAUGAAGAAAAAGAUCACUAUGAAACUGAAGAGAAAUUGACAACUGUAGAGAAAGUUCUUGAAUCUACAGAAACAGUCCCAGAGGAAGAAAAAAGAUAUCAUGAAGAAGAACUGUUGCAAACAGAAAAGCCAGCACGUGAAGUUCAUGAAACAGAUGAAUAUGAAAUUGAACAAAAGGCAACUGGUACCGAUAUUCGCAUAGAAUCGCCUCAUGAAAGUGAUCAUGAAGAAGAAGAAGAACAAUAUAAAUUUGAGCGGAAGCCAACUGAUGAUCAAGUUGUUCUUCAAUCUUCUCCAAUAAUCGAAGAAGAUCAAUAUAAAGCAAGUUCAAUCUUUGCAGCAGUCCCAAUAACAUUUCUGCAAGAAAUUUCUGAAGCAAAACACGAACCUGAAAUAGAUUAUCAUACUGAACGGAAGUUAAGCAGCGAACAUGUCGUCGCUGAAUCGCCAGAAAUUAGUGAACGUGAAUCAGAAGAAGAUCAAUCUGCACGCGAAUUAAGAACUGGAUAUGGAAGAAUUCAACUUGCACCUGCUGUACCAUUUGAACAAGAACUCGAGGAACCAUUACAAACGCCUGAAAAACAAUUCGUCGAGCCGGCUGGACUAGUCACUACAUACGGAGAUGAAGAAAAAGAUCACUAUGAAUCUGAAGAAAAAUUGACAACUAUAGAGAAAGUUCUUGAAUCUACAGAAACAGUCACAGAGGAAGAAAAAAGAUAUCAUGAUGAAGAAUUGUUGCAAACAGAAAAGCCAGCACGUGAAGUUCAUGAAACGCAUAAAGAUGAAUUUGAACAAAAACCAAGUGGGGCAGAUGUUCGCAUAGAAUCGCCUCAUGAAAGUGAUUAUGAAGAAGAAGAAGAAGGACAAUAUCAAUCUGAGCGAAAACCAACUGAUGAUCAAAUUAUUCUUCAAUCUUCUCCAACAAUCCAAGAAGAUCAAUAUAAAGCAAGUUCAAUCUUAGCAGCAGUUCCAAUUGCAUUUCAGCAAGAAAUCCAUGAAGUCAAACACGAACCUGAAGUAGAUUAUCAUACUGAACGAAAGUUAAGCAGCGAACAUGUCGUCGCCGAAUCACCAGAAAUUAGUGAACAUGAAUCAGAAGAAGAUCAAUCUGCACGCGAAUUAAGAACUGGAUAUGGAAGAAUUCAACUUGCACCUGCUGUACCAUUUGAGCAAGAACUCGAGGAACCAUUACAAACUUCUGAAAAACAAUUCAUCGAGCCGGCUGAACUGGUCACUAUACAAAGAGAUCAAGAAAAGAAUGAAUAUGAAUCUAAAGAAGAAUUACUUUCUGACACGAAUAUUAUCGAAACUCCGGAAAUAAUCCAUGAAGAGAAAAGACAUGAUGAUGAAGAACUGUUGCCACGAGAAAAACCAGUCAGUGAAGCUCAUGAAACCGAUGAAUAUGAAAUAGAAGAUAAACCAAGUGGAGUGGAUAUUCAUAUAGAAUCUCCUCACGAAAGUGAUAAUGAAGAAGAGGAAAAACGAUAUGAAUCUGAGCGAAAACCUAGCGAUGAUCAAGCCAUUCUUGAAUCUUCUCAAAUAACCGAAGAAGCUCUAUAUGAGCCAAGUUCAAGUUUUGCAGCAACUCGAAUUGCCUUUCAUGAAGAAAUUCCUGAAGUAAAACACGAACCAGAAGAAUAUUAUGAAAUUAAACGAAAACUAAGCACUGAACAAGUCAUCGUUGAAUCUCCAGAAUCAAGUGAACAUGAAGAAGAAGAUCAAUAUCAACAAGAACUGGUAAGAAGUUCAGAUGAGAUGAAAAUUGAACCUACGUUGCCAGUUGAAAAAGAACUCGAGGAAAGAUCACUAACUCUUCAACAAAGAAUCAUUGAAUCUCCUGAAAUCGAUACUCAACACAUGGAUGAAGAAAAAGAUCACUAUGAAUCUGAAGAAGAAUUAAGUGCUGACAAGAAUGUUAUCAAAUUUCCAGAGACAGUGGCAGAACAAAAACAAUAUCAUGAUGAAGAAUUGUUGCAAACAGAAAAACCAGCAGGUGAAGUUCAUGAAACAGAUGAAUAUGAAAUUGAACAUAAGCCAACUGGUACCGAUAUUCGCAUAGAAUCGCCUCAUGAAAGUGAUUAUGAAGAAGAAGAAGAAGAACAAUAUCAAUCUGAGCGAAAACCAACUGAUGAUCAAGUUGCUCUUCAAUUUUCGCCAACAAUCGAAGAAGAUCAAUAUAAAGCAAGUUCAAUCUUAGCAGCAGUCCCAAUCGCAUUUCAUCAAGAAAUUCCUGAAGUAAAACACGAACCAGAAGAAUAUUAUGAAAUUAAACGAAAACUAAGCACUGACCAAGUCAUCGUUGAAUCUCCAGAAUCAAGUGAACAUGAAGAAGAAGAUCAAUAUGAACCAGAAGUGAUAACAAGUUCAGAUAAAAUCCGAAUUGAGUCUACUGAAGCAGCUGAAGUUAAUCUGGAAGAACCAUUAGCAACUGCUGCACCACAAUUAAUCGAACGGUAUGAACCAGAAGUGAUAACAAGUUCAGAUAAAAUUCGAAUUGAGUCUGCUGAAGCAGCUGAAGAUAAUCUGGAAGAACCAUUAGCAGCUGCUGCACCACAAUUAAUCGAACCGGUCAAACUAGACACUACAUACACGGAUGAAGAAAAAGAUCACUAUGAAACUGAAGAGAAAUUGACAACUGUAGAGAAAGUUCUUGAAUCUACGGAAGCAGUCACAGAGGAAGGAAAAAGAUCUCAUGAUGAAGAAUUGUUGCGAACAGAAAAGCCAGCAGGUGAAGUUCAUGAAACACAUGAAGAUGAAAUUGAACAAAAGCCAACUGGUACCGAUAUUCGCAUAGAAUCGCCUCAUGAAAGUGAUCAUGAGGAAGAAGAAGAAGAAGAAGGACGAUAUCAACGUGAACGAAAACCUAGUGAUGGUCAAAUCGUUCUGGAAUCUUCUCAAAUAAUUGAACACGCUCAAUAUGAACCAAGUUCCGGUUUUGCAGCAACUCCAAUUGCAUUUCAUCAGGAAGUUCAUGAAGUAAAACGCGAACCGGAAGAAUUUUAUCAAAUUAAACGAAAACUAAGUGCUGAACAGGUGACAAGUGGAUCUUCAGAACUUAGUGAACAUGAACUAGACGAAGAUCAAUAUGAAUCAGAAAUGAUAACAAGUUCUGAGAAGAUUGAAAUCGAACCUAGUCAAAUAAUUGAAGAACAUGGUCAUGAAGAAUUACUAAGUUCUGAUCGAGAACUCAUCGAAUCUCCUGAAUUGCGGACUGCAUACGCAGAAGAAAAAGAAGGUCACGCUGAAUCUGAAGUAAAAUCAACUCCCGGUCAGAAUAUCUUUGAAUACUCAAGAAAAGUUGACGGAGAAGAAACAUUUCAUGAGAAAGAGCCACCAGAACGCGAAGCAACGGCCGGUGAAACUCCUGAACUAUAUGAGUAUAAUAUCGAAGAAAAAUCAAAGGUUUCGAUGAUUCACUUAGAAUCACCUCAUGAAGAAGAACUAGCUCAACUUGAGCGAAAAGGUAGCGCUGGUCAAAUCGUUCUUGAAUCUGAAGAAAAACUCGAAGAAGACCAAUAUGAACGAGCUUCGAGCUUCGAACAAGUUCCAGUUGUAUUUCAUGAGCAAAUACAUGACGUAAAACAGGAAUCAAAAGAAGAUUAUCAAAUUGAACGAAAGUUAAGCACCGAACAGGUGACAAGUGGAUCUUCAGAACUUAGUGAACAUGAACAAGAAGAAGAUCAAUAUGAACCAGAAUCAAUGACAAGUUCGGAUGGGAUCAAGAUUGAGCGUUCUGAACCAGUUGAACAAGAUCGUCAUCAACCAUUACCAACUGUUGCACAAGAUUUCAUCGAACCUGCUGAAUUAGUCACUGCACACACAGAGACACGAAAAGAUCAUUAUGCAUCUGAAGAAGAAUCAACUGCUGACAAGAAUGUUAUUGAAUCUUCGGAAACAGAGAAAGAAGAAGAAAGACAUUAUGCUCAAGAACCAUCGAAAUUUGAAACAGAAGUCGGUGAAACUUAUGAAAGAGAUGAGUAUGAAAUAGAGCGAAAAUCAACUGAUGCCGAUGUUCAGAUAGAAUCACCUCAUGAAAGUGAUCACGAAGAAGAAGAAGAAGAACAAUAUCAACCUCAGCGAAAACUUAGUGAAGAUCAAGUUGUUCUUGAAUCUUCUGGAAUAACCGAAGAAGCUCAAUAUGAACUAAGUUCAAUCUUGGCAGCAGUUCCGAUCGCAUUUCAUCAAGAAAUUCCUAAAGUAAAACACGAACCUGAAGAAAACCAUCAAAUUGAACGAAAAUUAAGCACCGAACAAGUCAUCGUCGAAUCUCCACAACUUAGUGAACAUGAACAAGAAGAAGAUCAAUAUGAACGAGAACCUAUAACAAGUUCUGACAAGAUUCAAAUCCGGCCUACUGAAGCAGUUGAAGAAGAUCAACAUAAAUUAUUACUAGCUUCUGCACAAGAUUUCAUCGAACCUGCUCAACUAGUCACUGCAUACAGCGAUGAACAGAAGGAUGAAUAUGAAUCGGAAGAAGAAUUAUCUUCUGAUAAGAAGGUUAUCGAAUCUUCAGAAAUAAUAGACGAAGAGAAAACACAGCAUGAUGAAGAACUGUCAGAAACAGAAAAACCGGCUCGUGAAAUUCAUGCAAGAGAUGAAUAUGUGAUCGAACAAAAAUCGACUGAUGUGGAUAUUUCCUCAGAAUCGUUACGUGAAAGUGACCGUGAAGAAGAGGAAGAACAACAAGUACCUGAAGAAAUCUGUGGUACUGAUGAAGUUAUUGUUGAAACACCUGACAUCAUCGAACAUGAAAAGUCACAAUUUGAACGAUAUUACAGCGAUGAACAAACUAAGAUUGUACCACGUGAAGAUAUCGAAUUAGAAGAAUCAGAAGCAGUUGAUCAGCACGAAUUACACGAAAGAUUAUGUUCUCAAAAGACUGAACUCGAAUUUCUUCAAUUCAGUGAAUCGGAAGAUGAAGAAGAUGAAUUUCAACAAUCACCACGUGAUCAAACAGCUUAUUUUGUAUCUUCUCAAGAAACAAGACCACAAGAAAUAGAAGUCAAAGAUCAAUAUCAAUCAGAGCGAAAACUAAGCUCAGAAAAAACCAUCAUCGAAUCCACACAACGGAUUGAACACGAAGAAGAACAAAAAGAUUAUGAACGACCAUUAAGUCCAGAACAAGUUUUCGACGAAGAAAAAGAAGAACCUGAACGAAAAUUAAGCUUAGAAAAGCGCAUCACUGAAUUUUCUGACCUUCGUGAACAGGAAGAAGAUCAAUAUGAACAAAUAUUUGAAUCAGAAUCUAUAUCAAGUUCAGAAAAGAUAAAAAUCGAACCUACUGAAACAGCUGCACAAGAUCGUCAUGAACCAUUGCUUACUUCUCAAGAACAAUUCAUCAAAUAUUCUGAAGUAGAGAUUCAACAAAAAGAUGAAAAAGAAGAUCAUUACGAACCUGAAGAAAAAUUAACCAUUGAUACGAAUAUUAUCGGAUCACCACAAACACCCGAGAAGCAAGAAAAGCAUGCUGACAAAGAACUGUUCGAAACAGAAAAAGAAACAUUUGAAACUCAUGAAGAAGAUGAAUAUGAAAUCGAACAAAAAUCAAGUAGUGCGGAUAUUCAUUCAGAAUCGUCUCACGAAAGUGAUCACGAGCAAAAAAAAGAACAAUAUGAACCAAGUUCAAGUUUCGAAGCGGUUUCGAUUGCACUUCCUCAAAAAAGUGAAGAAGUUAAACAAGAAUCUGAAGAAGAUUAUCAAAUUGAACAAAAUUUAAGUACUGAACAUGACAUUACUGGAUUUUCAGAACUAAGUGAACACGAACAAGAGGAAGAUGAAUAUGAGUCGAAAUAUGAAACUAGGCAAUAUCAGUCACCAUCUAUGAUAAGUCAAGACAAGAUGGAAAUUGAAACUGUGGAAAUAGCUGAACAAGAUCAUUUUGAACCAUUAGAAACUUCUACACAACAAUACAUCAGAUUUCCUGAAGUCAGCAUAUUACACGUAGGCGACCAAAAAGAUCAACAUGAAGAAGAAAAGAGACAUCAUGAUCAAGAAUCAUUACAAUUUGAAACCGAAGCCAGUAAAACUCAUGAAGAAGACGAAUAUGAACUUGAACGAAAAUUAAGUGAUGAAAAUAUUCAUUUAGAAUCACCUCAUGAAAUUGAUCAUAAAGAAGAGCAAGAAAAGCAGGUACCUGAGCGAAAACUUACUGCUGAUCAAGUCGUUAUUGAAUCCAAGGAAAAAUUUGAACAAGAUCAAUAUGAACCAACAUUGAGCUUAGAACAUGUUUUAAAUCAAUAUCACCAAGUAAUUGAAAAAGAAAAACAAGAACUAGAAGAAAUUGAUGAAAUGCAACGAAUAUUAACUAGUGAACAGGUCAUAACUGGAUCUGUUGCGCUUUAUAAACAGGAACAAGAAGAAGAUCAAUAUGAACAAAAAUAUGAAACAGAACCAUAUGAACCAGAAUCUUUAUCAAGUUCAGAGAAGAUUUCCAUUGAAUCUCCUGUAACACUUGAAGAAGAUCGUUUGGAAUCAUUAGAAAGUUCCGCACAACAAUUCGUCAAACCUUCUGACAUCGACACUCAACAUAUGGGUGAAGAAAAAUUAAUCCGUGAUGAAAUAAUAAUUGAGUCUCCAAGAAAAGUCGAAGAAGAAGAAUACCAUGAUGAACAACCAUGGAAACACGAAAAACCAUUCGGUGAAACUCGUCAAUUAGAAGAAUAUGAAAUUGAACAAAAAUCAACUAUUUCGGAUGUACAUUUAGAAUCACCUCCUGAAAGUGAUCACGAACAAGAACAAGUUCAACCUGAGCGAAAACGUAGUGUAGAUCAAGUCAUUGUUGAAUCUUCUGGAGAAAAUGAAGAAGAUCAAUACAAACCAACAUUGAUCUUUGAACAUAUUUUAAAUCAAUAUCACGAAGUAAUUCAAAAAGAAGAACAAGGCCUAGAAGAAAUUAAUGAAAUUCAACGAAUGUUAACCACUAUAAAAAAUAUCACUGGAUCCGAAGAAGUUCAUGAACAGAAACAAGAAGAAGUUAUAUAUGAACCAAGACUAAGUACAAGUUCAGAUAACAUUAAAAUUGAACCUCCUGUACCACAAGAGAAAGAAGAUGAGAAACCAUUACAAAUUUCUCAACCAAGAUUUUUCGAACCUCUUGAAGUCGACACUUUACAAACGCAUGAGGAAAAAUAUCACUAUGAACCUGAAGAAAAAUUGACAACUGAUGAAUUUGUUCUUCAAUCUCCAAAAACAGUCAAAGAACAAGAAAAACACGAUGAUGAAGAACCAUUUGAAACAGAACGUGAAGCCAGUGAAAUUCAUGAAUCAUAUAAAUAUGAAAUCGAACAAAAACCAACUGGUGUCGAUAUUCACGUAGAAUCGCCUCAUGAAAGUGAUCAUGAAGAGGAAGAAGAAGAACAGCAAUACCAACCUGAGCGUAAACAUAGUGAUGAACAAGCCAUUCUUGAAUCUUCUUCAAUAACCGAACAACCCCAAUAUGAACUAAGUUCUAUCUUGACAACAAUUCCAGUUGUAUUUCAUCAAGAAAUUCAAGAAGUAAAACACGAACCCGAAGAAGAUUAUCAAAUUGAACGAAAGUUAAGUACUGAACAAGUCACAGUUGCAUCUCCUCAAUUUAGUGAACAUGAACAAGAAGAAGAUCAAUAUGAAUCGGAAUCACUAACAAGUUCAGACAAAAUUCAAAGCAAGCCUACUGUAACAUUUGAACAAGAUCGUCAUGAAGCACUACUCACUUUUGACCGAGAACUCAUUGAAUCUCCUGAAUUACGCACUUCAUACUCAGACGAAAAAGAAGAUCAAGAUGAAUUUGAAGAAAAAUUAACCACUGAUAAAAUUGUUAUUGAAUCUCCGGAAAUAUUCAAACAAGAAGAAGAAAGACGUCAUGAUGAAGAACAGUUGGAAACAGAAAAGCCAGCUAGUGAAGUCCAUAAACGAGAUGAAUAUGAAAUCGAGCGAAAAUCAACUGAUGCCGAUGUUCAGAUAGAAUCACCUCAUGAAAGUGAUCACGAAGAAGAAGAAGAAGAACAAUAUCAGCAUCAGCGAAAACUUAGUGAAGAUCAAGUUGUUCUUGAAUCUUCUGGAAUAACCGAAGAAGCUCAAUAUGAACUAAGUUCAAUCUUGGCAGCAGUUCCGAUCGCAUUUCAUCAAGAAAUUCCUAAACGAAAACUUAGUGAAGAUCAAGUUGUUCUUGAAUCUUCUGGAAUAACCGAAGAAGCUCAAUAUGAACUAAGUUCAAUCUUGGCAGCAGUUCCGAUCGCAUUUCAUCAAGAAAUUCCUAAAGUAAAACACGAACCUGAAGAAGACCAUCAAAUUGAACGAAAAUUAAGCACCGAACAAGUCAUUGUCGAAUCUCCACAACUUAGUGAACAUGCACAAGAAGAAGAACAAUAUGAACCAGAAUCGCUCACAGGUUCAGACAAGAUCCAGUUCAAGCCUACUGAAACAGUUGAACAAGAUAGUCAAGAAUCAUUACUCUCUUCGGAUCGAGAAUUCAUAGAAUCUCCUGAAUUACGUACUUCAUACUUAGAUGAAAAACAAGAUCAAGAUGAAUCUCAAGAAAAAUUAACUACUGAUAAAAUUGUUAUUGAAUCUUCGAAAACAUUCAAAGAAGAGCAAGAGAUACAUCAUGCUGAAGAAUUGUUGGAACGAGAAAAAACAGCUGGUGAAGUUCAUGAAAGAGAUGAAUAUGAAAUCGAGCAAAAACCAAGUGGUGCAGAUAUUCAUAUAAAAUCACCACAUGAAAGUGAUCAAGAAGAAGAAGAAAAAUAUCAACCUGAACGAAAACUUAGUACCGAUCAAGUCAUUGUUGAAUCCGAAGAAAAACUCGAAGACGGUCAAUUUGAACGAUCUUCGAGCUUUGAAGAAACUCCAAUUAGAUUUCGCCAAGAAGUUGAAGAAGAACAAGAAGAAUCUGAACAAAGUUCAAGCUUCGAAAAACCCAGCAUUGAAUCUUCUGAGGCUAGUGAACACGAAGACCAAUAUCAACCAGAGUCUAUAAUAAGUUCAGACAUGAUUAAAACUGAAGCUACUCAAACUGUUCAACAAGUUCAUCGAAUUAUCGAACAUCCUGACGUAGACACUCAACACACAGAUGAACAAGAAGAUCGCUUGGAAUCUAAAGAAAAAUUAACUAUUGAUAAAAGUAUCACUGAAUCUUCAGAGAAAGUCGAAGAAGAAAGAAGAUAUCAUGAUGAAGAAUUAUUCGAACCUGAAAAAACUACCGGUGAAAUCUAUGAAAUACAUGACUAUGAAAUCGAACCAAAAUUAAGCAGGAGGGAUAUUCAUGUAGAAUCACCUGGUGAAAGUGAUCAUGAAGAAGAAGUAGAUGAACAAGUUCAACCUGAGCGAAAACUUAGUAUUGACCAAUUUUUUGUUGAAAGCCCUGAAGAAAACGAAGAAGAUCAAUCUGAACGAACUUCUAGUUUUGAACAAGUUGACGUUGGACUUAGUCAAGAUAUCGAAGAAAAACAACACAAAAUAAAAGAUGAUCAAGAACAAGAACAGAAACUUAGUUCUGAACCUGAACCAUUUGAAACAAUUGAUUUGAAACAAUACCAACAGGAAACAUAUCGAACUGAUGAGGAAAUCGAAAAUGUAUUCAAAUCCGAAAGAAAGCUUAGUUCUGGAAAGAUCAGUCUCGAAUCUUCUCAAUCCGGUGAACAUGUAGAAGAAAGUCAAAAACUUCAAGACAAAGUAGUAACCCCUGAAAUAUACCAUACUGAAUCUACUGGUUCAAUUGAACGCUAUGAGGAAAAGUUUGAUACUGAUCAAUAUUCUGAAAAAUUUGAACCACAAGAAGAAGCUAUUAUGAUUGAAGUACCACAAAAAAUUGAAGAUGAAGAUAUUGAAUCAAACUCAUUGGCAUUAAGUGAAUAUGAAAAUGUUGAACAACAACGUCCAUCUGACAAAACUAUGAUUGAAACAUCAGAAAAAUUCGAUGAAGAUAAAUCUGAACAAAAACACGACGAUGAAUCAAAACAAAAAUUAAGUAGGGUUAAAUUUAUUGUUGCAUCAGCUCCAUCAUCUGAAGAAGAAGAAAAAGAAGGAUAUGAAUAUGGACGUGAAUUUUACAUUGAAUCGCCACAAAAAUUAGAUGACGAUCUGGAUGAUGAAAAUUUUCUUAAAAUGUUAGAAAAAAAAUAUUCGAAUCAACAAGAAAUUCAAUCAGAACAAAAAUUCGAAACUGAUGAAAUCAUUAUACAAUCUCCUGACACAAGUGAACAUGAAGACGAGCGACGAACAAUUAAUCGAUUAGUUAUUGAAUCAUCUCAAACAAUCGAAUCUGAUGAUGAUGAACAACCAAUCACAUAUCAUCAACAGAUUGAAGAAUCCGAAAAGAUUCCUACUCAAUUUCCACAACUAAGUGAACAUGAAGAUCAACAUGAACUAAUUUCAUCUGAAUUUGAUCAACAAAUUAAAGAAAAAAAAUCAGAAUAUAAAUCAAGUCCUGAUCAAAUCAUUAUUUCAUCAUCGCAUUUGAUUGAACCAGAAAAAGAUGAAAAUAUUCUUAAAAGUUCUCAAAUAAUUAAUAAAGAACCACUAGAAAAACAAAUGGCAGAUGAAAUUAUACAUGAAUCUUUAGAAACUAUCAAACAACAAAAUGCUGAAUAUGAACGACCAUUAAGUUCAGAACAUGUUACACUUACUUUUUCUCAACAAUAUGAUGAUGAUGAUGCAUAUAAAUUAAAAUCUCAAUAUGAAUUUGAACCAAGUUUAAGUACCGGAAAAUCUACUGUGGAAUUUUUAGAAGAAAAUGAACAAGAUGAUAAAAUUAUUACACAAACUUCACAAAAAUUAGAAUAUCCAUAUGAAUCUUCGCAAAGUUUUGAACGUGAAAUAAUUGAUGAAUAUUUGACUAAUCUUGAAUCAUCAUCGUUUCAAAAAGAACAAGAUGAUGAUUAUGAAAUUGAACAUGAACAAUUAAAACGUCCUCAACAAUGGACACAAUCAUCAUUUCAACGUGAUGAAAUCUAUGGUGAUAAAUAUCGACCUACGAAAUAUUCAAAUGAAACACCUGAAACUGAAAUUCCACAAACAUCAAAUUAUAAAGAACAAAUUGAAGUUGAAUCACCAAUAACAUCUCAUAUUCAACGUUCAAGUAUAAUAUCACGUACAAUUCCAACUUAUUCUGAUGAUGAAGAAGUAGAAGAACAAGAAGAAACUGAUUUUCGUCCAACACAUCUUGAUAUUUCAAUACCAGAUGAAAAUUUAUUAAAAACUUCAACAUCGGAUCAACAAAUCUAUGAAAAAAAUAAUCAAUAUGAUAAAGUUCUUAUUCAAACAUCACAUGAUAUUGUUGAUCAAAUUUUAAAUGAUGCUAUUCGAGAAACAACUGAACAAGAUUUAAAUUAUUUAUUAUAUCAAACAGCAAAAGAUAUUGUACAUGAUGUUAUAGAUAAUAUUCAUAGAAGAUAUGAUGAUGAAAUAAUUUCAUCACAAAUUGAAGAAGCAACAAGUGCAGAUGUAUCAAUAAGUGAUAUAACUGAUUGGUCAGCACUUGUUAAAACUACUCCUAAUAUAUCACAUGAAGAAAAAUCAACUAUAAGAACAAGUAGUUCAAGUGAUCACGAACAAGAAAAACAACAAGAAGAAAAUGUUAAAGAUGAAUACAUAAUAUCUGAUGAUGAUGAUAUUGAAGAAAAACAUAAAUUUAUUCCACAAACAAUUGAUCUACCAUAUCUAUCUGUAUCAGAUGUUGUUACAUCAAAAUCUACACAAGAACUUGGUGAUCUUGUUCACGAAUUACAAACACUUGAAAAACAAAUCAAUGAAAAUGUUGGUAUUCUUCAUUCAUCAUCAUCAUCAUCGUCAUCAUCACUAUCAGAAAAUGAUGAAAUUCAUCAUUAUGAUUUAAAUAAUGCACAAAUAACAACAACAAUAUCAACUACUGAAUUAACAAAUCUUGUUGCAGAAUUACAAACUAUUGAAGAACAACUUGAAGAUAAACUUGAUUCAAAAUUAGAACAAAAACAUGAUAUACCUGUAUCAUCAAAAUCUCUAAAUGAACUUGGUGAUUUAAUGAAUGAAUUAAAUAAUGUUACAGAACAAUUAAAUGAACGUUUACAACAACAAGAUAAUGAACAAUCAACUAAUACUGAUAAAUUAUCACAUGAUAUAAUUAAAUAUCGUCGUGAUUCACAAUCUAAUACAUCAGAAAAAUAUUCACAUCGUACAGAACGACGACCAUCAAGUCCACCAGCAUCACCAUUAUAUAAACGUGAAUUUGUUCAUGUUACAUGUUCAUCUAUGAGUGAUGUUGAUCAAGUUCAAGAACAAUUACAACAUGAACAUGAAGAAAAUCAAAUUUUACAUGCUUUGAUUAAUACAAUUAUUAAACAAGCACAACAAAAUAUACAAUCAGAUUCAUUAGAAGUUCCACAGUCAGCUCCAAGAACUGUUCCAACACUUGUUGUUGAUCAACGUCGUAAACCAUAUAUUCAAUCAUCAGCUACAAGUAUAUCUGAUGAAUUAGAUUUUUCUCAUGAUGAUGGUACCAUUGAUAAAACAAGUGAAUUAGCUGCUCAACUUGAUUAUCUUCGACGUAUGUCACGUUAUGAAAAUUUACCAGAUCAACAACAUCAUAUUGAAUUAGAAUCCACUGGAAAUAAUCGAACUGUACAUGAAGAUACAAUGAUUCAAAUAACACCUGGUGAUGAUGAAAAUGAAAUAAUGUCAUCAAAUUAUUUAACUAUUGUUCAAGAAGAACAACAAUUUUCAGAUGAACAUGAAGAAGAUCUUGAUGAAAAUAAAGAUAAAGAAAAAAAGAAAAAAUCUAAACGUAAAUGUGCUGAAGAUGAUGAUAAAUCUUUAUCUGAACACCAUGAUUCAGACGAUGAUGGUCAUGAUCAUAAAGAUAAUAAGCCAUUAAUACCUUUAAAUACAACUGAAACUAUUCAAUAUGAAUCAAAUCAACAAUCAACAUCAACUGAACCAAAUCAAAAACAAUCUCAACAACAACAACAAAUGGAAAUGAGUCAUGAUUCAAUAAAUGAAUUAAUGAUGAUGAGUCAAGAUUCACUUAAACAACGUUCAUCUGAUUCACUUGAUUCUGAACAAGAAUUAAAAUCUCUUCUAUUAAAUCCUAAUACAUCAAUACGACCAACCAAUGAAGCAGAUGAUUUUAUGUAUAAACAACAUACAAGUGAACCAACACCAAGUCGUAUGAUGAUGAAAUAUGAUGAAGAUGAUACAAAUGAUACACAACCAACAACAAAACAAUAUUCAUUAAUAUCAAAUGAAAUUGAAAUAGGACAAUUACCUGUUAUACAUGCACGACGUACAGCUAGUGAAAAUAGUCUUUUUAGUACAUCAUCAUCAUCUAUACAUAUGUAUGAUAGUCAUUCAUUAUCAGCAUCAUGUUUAGUUGAUAAAGAUGAUUUAACACCAUCAGAUGAGUAUAUUGAUCGUCAACAAAAUAUUUUAUAUGAUGAUUCACAAAAAAAUCAACAAAUUUAUCGUGAAACAACAACAACAACAACAUCAACAGAUAAUAAUGAAUAUAAUAAUUUAAAUACAAAUAUAACAUCAUCACCAACAACUGGUAUUGGUUUUUUUGAUCGUGUGAAAGCAUUUGUUACAAAACCAGUUGAAAUUGUACAAGAAGCUAUGGAAAAUCGUCGUAAACGACGAUCAACAUCAUCAUUAAGUAGUAAUACAGAUUUAAAUGAUAAACAAAUAUUAGAUAAUGAACAAAAUUUAUCUUCAUCACCAUCAUCAUCACAACAACAACAACAACAGCAACAACCACAUUUUCAUUCAGCAUAUGAUUUAUAUGAUGAAGAAAAAUUAAAACUUGUUCGUAGUCCAGAAUUAUAUAAUAUGGAUAAUGUUCAUAAUUUUAAUCAAAAACUUGUAUUAACAAAUUUACAAGCACAAAAUCGUACACAAUCCGAAUCAGCAUUAGUAAUUGAAGAUAUGAAACGUCAUAGUAUAGGAACAGCAAGUAAUGAAGCAUCAGAAGAGUUUUUACCAACUAUAUCAAAAGAUAAUUCAUUAGAAUUUAUACAACAACAACAACAACAACAACGUCAUUCAACACCUUUUGAUGAUGUUAUGGAAAAAGAAUCAAGUUCAGAACAUUCUGAAUCAUAUAAUAUACCAACAACAGCUUUUUCUGAUGCAUUUGAACCAACUAGUAGUUGUCAAAGACCAUUAGCACUUACUUUACCUGGACAACAACCACCACCCCCACCACAACAAAUUGUUGAGGAAUCAAUGACUGAAGAAGAAUUUGAUACACUUGCUGCUAAUUAUGUUCAUCAAGUAUUAAAUGAUGUUGUAAUACAAAUGACUAGUGAACAUGAUGAUUCUUUAAGUAAUAAAAGUGAUAAAUUAGUAGGUAAUGAUACAUCAUCAGAUGAUGAUGAUGAAGAUGAACUUGUUGAAGGUGAAGAUGAAGAACAAAAUCAACAUCCAAUACCAACUGAUACAAGUUCAUUUAGUGUUAAUGAUCGUUAUAGUGCUGAUGAAUCAUCAAAUACACGUGAACAAUCAGCUGAUGAAGAAAAUUCAGCACGAUCAUCAAUAACAGCAACACCAACAAAAACUGUAUGUCAUACAAAUAUAUAUACUGAAGAUCUUAUUGAUGAACAAACACCAACUGCAUUAAUAUCACCAUCGAUUGUUCAUCAUAGUUCUCAAUCAGAUACAGGCACAUAUUUUAGUAUAGUAUCACCAUCAAGUGGUGAUUAUGUUGAUGCUCAUAGUACUUAUUCAACAGUUGAUGAUGAUAAAUUAGGUCCUCAAUAUUAUACACAAUCAAAUUCUAGUCAAUAUUUAACAGCUAAUGAUGAAACACCAAAUUUAUUAACAUCUGAUGAUAAUGAUUAUCAUAAUGAACGUGGUAAAAUAAAUUAUGCAUAUAAUGAUUCAAGUUCAGAUGAAAAUUAUUCAAAUAAAAAUCGUCAAGAAAAUUUUAUGAUAACAAAUGAAAAAAUAUCUGAAGAAAAAUAUUCCGGUGAAGGUGAAGAAAGUAGUAGUAGUAAUAAAAUUCAUAUUCAACAACGACGAAAACGUUCAAAUGAACAACGUUCUUCUUUAUUAAAUGAUUUAACAACAAAUACAUUAGAAUCAACAACAAUAUCACAACCAACAACAACAAAAAGUGUUUCAUUUAAAUUAGAUUUAAAUGAAAAUUUUCAACGUUCUCCACGUUUAUCAACAAGUAGUGGAAUAGCAAUGCCAAGACAAGAAAGUCUUGAUUCACCAUUAAAUGAUUCAAAUGAUAAAUCAAUAAUAAAAAUUUUACAAGAAGAAAUACUUCGUAGUAAUUUAAAAACAAUUAAAAGUGAUUUAGAAUUAGAUUUUCAAUAUGAUAAAGAAAUUUAUCCAUCAACAUCAACACCAACAACAAUGCAAUUAACAAAAAAAAUUUUAUCAUCAUCUGAAUAUGAUGCUGGAAGUGAAAGUGAUCGUGAUUCAACAUUAGUUGAUUCAAUUAAAACAACAAUACAAGAAAAAUUAAAUGAUAUUUAUCAUGAUAAAGAAUCAUUUAUUGAUAAAAUAAAAUUAAAAUUUGAACGUUCAUUAGAUCGUUUAGUUGAAAAAACAUUAGCUGGAGAAGAAAAUACAAAUAAAUCAGAUAUAAUAUCACCAUUUACUGAUCAAAGUCUUGAUCGUUCAUUACCAUCUAUUGUACAACCAUCAACAAUUAUUCAUGCACAUAGUGAACAAUUAUUACAAGCAUGUCCAGAUGAACUUGAUUAUGGUACAUUACAACGUUUUAGUUCAGAUAGUUGUAUUAUAAUUCAUGUACAAGAACAAUAUACACCAUCAUCAACAUUAUUUUUUGAUCAAUUAAAAACAGAUCAAAUAGAAAAAAAAUCUUCAUCAAAUCAACAAACAUCUGCUUUUAGUUAUUAUACAAAACAAGAUAAUCAACAACCAUCAAGUAGUCCAAUAGAAAUGUUAAAUCCAACAAAUGAAUUAAUUGAAAAUAUUUCACCUAUUAAUCGUUAUACACCACGUUCAUUAGAUGAUUCAUCAAUUGAAUUAGGUGAACGUGAUAUGACAGAUAUGUCGGAUGAAUUUGUUUUAGUAAAAAAUUUAUCACCACCAACAAAUACAAAAGAUAUUAAAAAUGAUACACCAUCAAAUACAUCAUCAAGUUCAUCGGAAAAACAUGAAAGUCCUGAUUUAAUUGAUAUACUUCAACAUCAAUGUGAUUAUCCACCACUUGAUACAGGUUUUGAUUUACGUUCUGGUACAACAUUAGAAACUGUUUAUGAAAGUCCUGAAUUACGACAAGAAGAAAUUAAAUCAGCUAUAAGUACAUUAAGUUUAACACCAAGUGAAACUAAUCGUCCAUAUUCAACUGAACGUAAUUCAUCAAAUACACCAAAUACAGAUGAUUCAUUAAUGGAAUUUGAACGUAUUGAAAUGGAAUUAUUAAAAAAUACAUCAACAACAAAUAUUAUUGAUAUUGUACGUGAAAUACGUUCAUCAGUUGAAUCAUUAACACAACAACAUGAUGAUAAUAAUAAAGUUGAAACAUUUAUUGAAAAACAUUUUACAUCAAUACAAAAUGAUGUUGAAAAUGUUCUUAAUGAUAUACUUGAUAUGACAAAUGAUUUAACACAUUCAAUAUCAUCACAAUCUGAUGCAACAACAGUUAUAUAUAAAUCUCAACAUCAUUCAUUUGAUGAUGAUUAUGUUGAAAUAACACAUGAUGAUAUUAAAAAUCAAGAAAGAAAUCUAUUUUCAUCAGAUGAAGAUUUUCUUCAUAAUCAAACAACAUUAUCUAGUCAUGAUAAACGUCGUUUAUCAGCACCAAAUAAUGAAAAUAUAUCAAGACGUCUUAAAACACCAUCAUCAAGUUCAUCAUCAUCAUCAUCAUUUUCAUCAACAUCUCGUUCUGUGAUAUAUUCUCAACAACAUUCACAUCCAUCUUAUCAACAACAUCGUUUAUUACAAGCUGAAACUGAUUUAUCUAGUUUUAAACAACAUCAACAAACUCAAUCAGCAACUGAUUUACCAUUUUUACCUCCGUUUGUAAAUACAAAUCCUAUUAAAAGAAAAAAACAAUCUUCAUCUGUUUCUUCAACACCAACACUUUUUCCUACUGAAAUAACUAGUGGAGAUUCUAAGAAAAAAACUCAUUCACAUCCCGGUUCGUUAGGAGGUAGUCAAGUACCUCCUCGAUCAUCAUUAAUAAAAGAAGAAAUAACUUCUUCUCCUAUUACAUCUGUUUCUCCACAUUCUUCUUCUCAUCAUUCGGAUGAUUGUUUCUGUACGGAUCCGACAACAACAACAACUAGUCAUCAACAUUAA